AUGCCUGUGAUAGGAGCAAUCAGGAAAUUGGUUACCUAUAUGUGGCGUGUGGAGAGGUGGCUGGACGUCAAGAGCCCUGUCGUCAAGGCGAUCAUGGAGAAGCGGAUCAAUUUGGCGAAGAGCAAGGGGUGCGAUGGGGUUGACCCGGACAACAUCAACGCGUAUUCAAACAACAUCAUGGCUCAAGCCAUCAGCCAAUUCACCGUCACUGCCGAUGACCAGUUCAAGUACAACUCAUGGAUCGCCAAUGCUGUUCACAACCAAUUCACCGUCACUGCCAACGACCAGUUCAAGAACAACUCAUGGAUCGCCAACACUGUUCACAAGUACGGCAUGUCAGUGGGUCUCAAGUACCCCGUCCCGCUCGCCCCCUCUUUCAUGGCAAACCUCUUUGUCUGGGCGAUCAUCGAGAGCUGCAUCUACUUGAGCGACUUUAGCGACGGCGAGUGGUACAGCGGCAAAUACCAAUACGACUACUCCAACAAGUUUAUUGUUCGCAACAAGGCCGUGUUCUCUAUCGAGUAUAAGGAGCUCUGGGGCACGUCUGCAGGCCAAGCCUUUUGUGCAAUCAGCAACGCUCACGGCUUCAACACCAACCUCUUCAGCUACUCCCUAGGCACUGGGCCUCACAAUCCCUUUGCCAACUGCCCGCUGCACAAGCUUGCAGGGUGUGAUGCUGUGUGGAAAGAGUGUGUGAAGCAGAGUGUGUAUGCGCAGUACAAGCAGCAGGGCAUGGCGAGGUGGGAUGCAGUGGGGCAGUGCAUGAGGGCCAAGAGAGCAGCUUGCAAAUACAAGGCUUGA